AACUUAAACCGGGUACUGAAGCAAGCAGCAGUUUCCCGCAUAUAGGCGCGUCUCACCCUAGCUCAACUGAUCUUUGACUCGAUUUCUAGACUAUGCUCGGCAGAGGUCAAGAAACCAUGCGGGCUCUUGUCACCACUGGCGACGGAACUUUCGAGCUCCAAACAGUAGAGAUACCCCGUCCAGGACCUUCAGAGGUCCUGAUCGAGGUCAAAGCAGCUGCUGGAAACCAUACUGACUGGAAGACACUAUCUAGCCAUCCGAGGGCAGGGAAUGUCAUGGGAGCGGAUUUCUCCGGCGUCGUAGUCUCGCUUGGAGCGGGAGUGCGUGGUCGCGAAAUAGGUCAGCGAGUUGCCGGAUGUGUUCGAGGAAAUACAACACCGAACGGGUCCUUCGCACAGUAUUUGUGCACAGACUCGAAACUUCUCGUCGACCUCCCUGAUCACGUAUCUUUCGAGGAAGGUGCUCAACUCGGUGUUUCUAUCUAUGCAGCAUGUUUGAGUCUUUUCGAUUUGCUAAAACUUCCACCUCCAACCACCACCGCCGCUGAUGGCCAAAGUGUCCCACCAAACGAGAUUCUGGUGUGGUCUGGAACAUCGGUUACAGGGUACUACGCUAUCCAACUGGCAAAACUCGCUGGACUACGCGUGAUAUCCACCUCAUCUCCUUCCCACUUUCACCAAGUGAAGGCAAGCGGGGCUGACUUGGUUUUCGAUUACUCGGACUCGUUCACCCCGCGAAGGAUAUAUGCCGCGACUGAAGGACGACUGAAACUUGCCGUGGAUUGUGUCAGCCAAGGCAUGACUCCCGCCCAGGUCAGCCACUGUCUGAGCGAAGAAGGCGGCAAGAUAGCGACGGUUCUUCCCUACAAAAGCCGAAAAAAGGGAGUAGAGACCGAGCUUGUUUGGGUGUACUCCAUGUGGGGAGAGGAGACACAGCAACCGCUUUACUAUCCCGCAUGCCCAGAACGAUAUGAGGCCGCGGUAGGGUAUAGCAAGAUGGUGUCUGAGCUAUUGGCUCAGAAAAAGCUCACGGUUGGUCCCAUCAAAGUGUUUCCCAAGGGCCUUGCGAGUGUUACUGCGGGGCUUGAGCAAAUGAAGGCUGGCAAGGUUAGCGCCGAGAAAUUUAUUUACCGAAUCUCAGACACCCCUGGACUCUGA